AUGCUCGUCCUCUUAGAGCUCCCGCUGCUCGUCCUCUUCAGCGCCCUGAUACCCGCUGUUGUGGUAACAGCAGCAGACUCAACGCCCUCAUGUGAUUGCUACGAGACAGAUGCGGACAGUGUCUUUACGCAGCACGAGUUCCACGACUUCCGCACAAUCACGCCAGUUGCGAGUGCGCCGCCGCUCCCGUCCGUCUUACCGCAGGAAUUAGACCCUACGCCGGAUAACUACACCACCGAGCCGGGCAUCGGGAAUGCGCAGGCCGGGUGGAUCCAGAGCAAUGAUUGGACAGACUACUGGGCUACCAUGGAUUGGGGCAAGCUGCCAACGGGGGAUUUCCCGAUCCGCAUGCAGAAUAGUUUGGCGAAUGUUUAUAUAUCGGGCUCCGAUGUGGAUACGGAUGCGACGUCGAAGUUGGUGUUGAGGACUCAUAGGUUUUCGAAUUUUCAGUCGGCGGCGGAGGUCGAGUCGCUUCACAAGAACCUUCUAUACGCCUCCAUUCGGAUCCGCGCACGAGUCACCGGUGCAUCCGGCGCCGUGGCUGGCCUCUUCAUCUACCAGAACGGGCAAAACGAAUCCGACAUUGAGAUCCUGACGAGGGACAACAACAACGAGAUCCGCUACUCUAACCAGCCUGUUGUUGACGAUCAAGGUAACGAAAUUUCUGGUGCAUCGACAUCAGUAGACAUGGCGACGGGCACGGAGAUCGAUGGGACGAAUGAGCCGGACAAGAAGAUCAAGAGGGCCAGGCAGAAGUAUGGUGAUGUCAAGUGGGAUGACUGGCAUACGCAUAGGAUCGAUUGGACAGAGGGGAAGAGUAGUUGGUAUGUGGAUGGGGAGCAUUAUCUCGAUAAGGAGUAUGGUGUGCCGACGGUUGCAAGUUAUUUCGUUAUGAAUAUGUGGUCCGAUGGAGGCGUUUGGUCAGGGAAUAUGACGGUGGGUGACACGGCGUACAUGGAGAUUGAGUGGGUUGAAAUGGCGUUCAACACAUCGGGCCCGGACGACCUUAGUGCGCGGGAUCUUCACAAGCGGGCCGACAAGCCGGCAUGCCAGACCAUGUGUACGAUUGAUGGCGUGCAGGUUGUUGGUAACCCUGAGAUUGCCGCUGCCGCAUCUGUUGCUGUGAAAUAUACCAUGCUGUUUGGUGGUGUUGUUCUCGCGAUGCUGGGGAUGGGCAUAUUGUAG